UGACAGCAAAUGACAGCACUGUUCGCUCCUGCAGAAGCCAGUGAGAGACGCUAACCGCCAACAAACAAUUCCUCUGAUUCGACAAAUCUUACGAUCGGCUGUGUUUAGAGAAAUAGUGAACUACCAGUACACGCGAAUUACGUUUGUCAUUUGGCUCUCUGCCUGUGUGAGCUGGUGAAGAUGGUGAAGCCAGACAUCCACACUCUGGCCCACCACCUGAAGCAGGAGCGGCUGUACGUGGCAUCGGAGAAGCAGCUGAUCCAGAGGCUCAACAGUGAUGUGCUGAAGACAGCUGAGAGGCUGUACCGGGCCGCAUGGAUCGCCAAGCAGCAGAGGAUCAACCUCGAUCGGCUCAUUCUUACCAGUGCGGAGGCCUCUCCUGCUGAAUGCUGCCAACAUGCCAAAAUGCUGGAAGACACGCAGUUUGUUGAUGGCUACAAGACUCUAGGCUUCCAGGAGACCAUCUAUGGCGAGUUUGUGGCCCGGUUGAGGGAAAACCCGAGACUGGUGGCUUCCUGUCUGGUGGCAGGAGAGAGGCUGAACCAGGAGAACAACCAGGGGGUCACCCAUACAGUCUUCACCUCACUCUAUGGCAACUGUAUCAUGCAGGAGGAUGAGAGCUACCUGCUACAGGUGCUGCGAUACCUGGUGGAGUUUGAGCUGAAGGAGAGCGACAACCCUCGCCGCCUGCUGCGACGGGGAACCUGUGCCUUCAGCAUCCUUUUCAAGCUCUUCUCCGAGGGCCUGUACUCUGCCAAGCUCUUCCUCACCGCCACCCUCCACGAACCCAUUAUGCAGCUGCUGGUGGAAGAUGAAGACCACCUGGAGACCGAUCCAGCCAAGGUGACAGAGCGCCUCACUCCGGCCCAGCAGGAACGCUUCGGAGAGAAGGGCUCUGAGGGCUACAAACAGCGAGUGCAGGCAGCUGUGGAGGCCAAUGAAGCCAAGCUGGUAGCUCUGGUCAACAAGUUCAUUGGCUACCUGAAGCAGAACACCUACUGCUUUCCCCACAGCCUGCGCUGGAUUGUGUCACAGAUGUACAAGACUUUGUCCUGUGUGGAGCGCCUUGAGGUGGGCGAGGUGCGCACCAUGUGUACAGACCUGCUGCUGACCUGCUUCAUCUGCCCAGCUAUAGUUAAUCCCGAGCAGUACGGCAUCAUCUCAGACGCACCCAUCAAUGAAGUAGCACGCUUCAAUCUAAUGCAGGUGGGGCAACUUUUGCAGCAGUUGGCCAUGGCUGAUGAUGAUGCAGACCCAAGGCGGAAAAGCAGUUUGUCCAAAUUUGAUAAGAGUUGCGUAGCUGCCUUUCUGGAUGUGGUGAUCGGAGGAAGAGCAGUCGAGACCCCACCCAUGUCCUCAAUGAACCUUCUAGAAGGCCUCAGUAGGACUGCGGUCUAUAUCACACAUAAUCAGCUGCUCAUGCUGGUGGACUUUGUGCGGAAUGUGAUGGCAGGGGACCACCUUCGUGAGGAGGAGCACAUGGCUCUGGAGACCCUGGUUGCCAACGUGCCCCAGUCUCGCACUGUGAAGAGCAACAGUCUGGAGCUCACUCCCUCCAACACUCCCCAGCUCUCCCCGGCUACCACUCCUGCCAACAAGAAGAACAGGCUCCCCAUAGGACAACACUUAGCUGCUAUAACAUCCUGGGACCCCACAACCACCACUCUGUCUGCUCACAUUCCAUUAGUAACCCCUUUCGCAGCUGCUCGUAGCCGUAGCCGUACCAACAUAGCCCAGGAGGGGGAGGCAGAGGCCAGCUCCCAAGAGUCCCUACAGGAGCUGAUGCCAGAGGAUGUGCUGGUGAUUUCACUAGGAACUGGUCCUCAGUCUGUCCCUGGGAUGAUGUCAGAGAAUGAGGUUUUGAACCUGCAGAUGGCUGAUGGGGCCCAGGGGGAUGGUCAUGCUGAUGAUACUAAGCUGCAUGGUAAACCAGACAAAACCCUGCGCUUCUCUCUGUGCAGUGACAACUUGGAAGGCAUCUCAGAGGGCCCAUCCAAUCGCUCUAACUCUGUGUCGUCUCUGGACCUGGAGGGAGAGUCUGUUUCUGAGCUGGGAGCUGGACCAUCAGGGAGCAACGGGGUGGAGGCUCUACAGCUUUUGGAGCAUGAACAGGCCACCACUCAGGACAACCUGGAUGAUAAACUGCGCAAGUUUGAGAUCAGAGACAUGAUGGGUCUGACGGAUGAUCGGGAUAUCUCUGAGACAGUCAGUGAAACCUGGAGCACCGAUGUGCUCGGCAGUGACUUUGACCCCAACAUGGAUGAAGAUCGGCUGCAGGAAAUAGCAGGGGCAGCUGCGGAGAACAUGCUCGGCAGCCUGCUGUGUCUUCCUGGCUCGGGUUCAGUUCUGCUGGACCCCUAUGGCUCCACCAUCUCGGAGACCACAAGCGAGGCCUGGAGCGUAGAGGUCCUUCCCAGUGACUCAGGUAGGGAGCCAGAAGCCCCAGAUCUGAAACAGGAGGAGCGUCUACAGGAGCUGGAGAGCUGCUCAGGGGUCGGCAGUACCUCUGAUGACACAGAGGUCAGAGAGGUCAGCUCCAGACCCAGCACACCAGGACUCAGUGUUGUCUCAGGCAUCAGUGCAACCUCAGAAGACAUCCCCAACAAGAUCGAGGACCUGCGGUCAGAGUGCAGCUCAGACUUUGGAGGGAAGGACUCUGUGACCAGUCCAGAUGGGGAGGAGUCAGGCCACGGAUCACACCAUCUGACAUCUCCACCCUCACAGACCGAUUCCUUACUGGCCAUGUUCGAUCCUCUCUCCUCUGCUGAAGGCUCCUCCACCGGAACAAUAGUGAGGCCCAAAGUGCACUACGCCAGGCCCCCUCACCCUCCUCCCGAUCCUCCCAUCCCUGAAGCCAGCGCUCUGGGGCAGGAGACACGCCACUCUCUCUUCACGCCCCACUGCCUGGCCCAGGCUGAGCUGGAGCACACCAAGCAGCGCCACUCCUUCCCUGACAGACUGGUCCGUAGCCGCAGCUCUGACAUCGUGUGCCCAGGCCGCCGGCCCACAAGUGACCCUGGCCUUAACCGGCGGGUAGCGGUUGAAGAGCGCGACCCUGCCGGGGCCUUCGCCUUAGGACCGUCCUCGUCCCCCAGCAAAGACUCCCUCAAAGGAGAGGUUGAAGACAGGAAAGACAGUGAUGACGAGAAGUCUGAUCGCAACAGGCCCUGGUGGAAGAAACGUUUUGUGUCAGCCAUUCCCAAAGUGCUGUAUUGGACGGCUGAGAGUGAUGUCCCAGCUCCGAUAGCUGCAUUUCGGAAAAGGGACAAGCAGGAGAAAGACGACAUUGUCCCGGAGCGUGUCCCACAAGAUGACCCAAUGCCCAGACAAAGCUCUCAGGCCCAGGCAGCUGAAGACAUCCUGGACAAGUACAGGAACAUCAAGAGGACCAGCCCCAGUGAUGGAGCCACAGGUGGAGCUUCUUAUGAUGGAACAGGAGAUCUUUGUGUUGAGGACAAUGUGCACGACUCUCCUAGAGAAGACACUCUGCAGAACAUCUCUACAGAUGACCUCCCAGACUCAGCCAGCCAGACGGCACAGCAGCACGACUCCAAGUUCUCUUUCAGCGAUGCAAAGAAGAAGUUACGGUUGGCAUUGUGCUCAGCAGACUCAGUGGCUCUGCCCAUCAUGGCUCCUACAACCACACGAAAUGGGCUGCCUGACCACAUGGACUCUGAAGACAAUGAGAUCGUCUGCUUCCUGAAGAUCCAGCUAGCAGAGGCCAUCAACCUUCAGGAUAAGAACCAGAUGGCCCAGAUCCAGGAGACCACGCGCUGUGUGAGCCGCUUCGACGCACGCACCUGCAGGAAGCUGCUGGCUACCAUCGCAGAGGAUUACAGAAAGCGGGCACCAUACAUAGCCUAUCUAACCAGGUGUCGUCAGGGCCUGCAGACCUCUCAGGCCCACCUGGAGAGGCUCCUCCAGAGGGUGCUGAGAGACAAGGAGGUGGCCAACCGCUACUUCACCACCGUGUGUGUUCGGCUCCUUCUUGAACAUAUGGAGUCCAAGAUGCUUGACUUCAUUAAAGCGUUCCAGGGGUGCACAGCAUCGGAUGACAAGACGGCAGCAGUGGAGGAUUUUCUGCGCUACUUGUACGGCGCCAUGGCCCGGGAUGCCAUUUGGCAGUACGCUAGCGAGGACCAGCUGCAGGAUGCCCAGAUGGCUAUCGAGCGCAGCGUUAUGAACCGCAUCUUCAAACUGGCCUUCUACCCCAACCAGGAUGGAGAUAUUCUCAGAGACCAGCUUUUCCAUGAACAUAUCCAGCGGCUCACAAAAGUUGUGACGGCUAAUCAUAAAGCUCUUCAAAUCCCAGAGGUUUAUCUGAAGGAGGCUCCCUGGCCCUCUGCACAGUCUGAGAUCAGGACCAUCAAUGCAUACAAGACGCCACGAGACAAAGUCCAGUGUAUACUGCGCAUGUGUUCCACCAUCAUGAACCUCCUCAGUCUGGCCAAUGAAGACUCCGUCCCUGGAGCGGACGACUUUGUCCCUGUACUCGUCUUUGUCCUCAUCAGGGCAAACCCGCCCUGCCUGCUGUCCACCGUUCAGUACAUCAAUAAUUUCUAUGCCAGCCGGCUGAGUGGGGAGGAGUGCUAUUGGUGGAUGCAGUUCACCGCGGCGGUGGAAUUCAUUAAGACCAUCGACGAUCGCAAGUGAAGCAGAACAGCCACCUGUAUGGGCAGACUGCGGGGGAAGGAGCCGGGAGACUGGGAGACUUCCCAACCAACUGCUCCCUCUGCACAGCUUAUAAAACCUGGCCCUCAGCCUGCUCUUUAUUUGUAUAGCUUGUACAUAGCCAGAGACGUUGAAAGAGUACAAAAUAUAUAUUACUGUAUGUAUGUGGACAAAUUCAGGUUUUAGCCGUACUGAAAAAAAAAACGGCCUUGGGGAAAAAUUGGCAACCUGAUUUGGAUUUUUCCUUUUUGUCUCUUCAAUCAUAUUUCACGUUUGGGGUCUGUAUUAGAAAUUUUAUAUCUACACAAUUACACCUAUGACAUUAAAUCAACCUAAAAGAUAAUCCUAUAUAAAGGGACCAGACUUCCUUGAUGUGAUCACUGAUCUUUUUAUUCCCCCCUGAGUGAGAGGGAAGGGCUUCCAAUUAAAUUACAAUAUAAUGUUCAUUAAAUGCAUUGUAACGUGGGGAUUUACAGUGCGUGGUAGAUACUGAUGGGAUUUAGUGACUCAUAAACACAAUAACCAUACUACUCAUAAGUGUAUCAAACAAGUAGGGCAGCUUUUUUUCAUGAAUUGUUUACUUCAUCUUAUUCCCGAAAGCAAGUGUGUCAGUGACAAUUUGGACAUAAGGGCCCACAUAUUUAUAUGAAAUAAAAUGUAUUUAUUUCUGUAAUUCUAUUUAAUGCUUUUGUUUAUCUAAUUUUAAACAAAUGAAAAUGCAUAUCAUGCCCAUUCAGGAUGUCUGAGGCAAGUUAUGUAAUUAUUAUAAACUUCCUAUAAUAAACAUGCUAGAAAAGCUUGCGUUAGGAAGGCACCUUAACAGUGAGUAGGUGGGGCUGCUGGGGAAUUAUGAUACAGGGUCAACUCAUGCACAGAGUAGUGUUGGCAUUUGUGGAAAUAUUGAAUAUUGUGCCUUUGAUGUGGGGCGCUCUGUACAGGUAGUUAUUUUUGACUAUUAUUUUUUAACCCAGCAUAGGCAUUAUCCCGUCCCCUCCCCUCCCCACAACACACUCCAAUGGGCCAAACCUUUGUCCAGCCUUCGCUGCAGGAACACGGGCAUCUCCACAUCAUUGAUUGUCAUGGCUAAGUCCCUUUAAUGCACUUGAAUUUGAACAAACAUCCCCGUUGGUAUUCUAGAUCCUACCUCAGGGUUGAAACCAAUGAUUAUGACUGUCCUGCAUUGGUUGUCAACAGAGCUGUGGAUCAUUUUUGCACUGGUAAGAAAUAAAAAAAACAAUGAGGGGAAAGGGAGGAAAAGUUGGGUAUUGACCUGCUGUGAUGCUUGUUGUGUUCACACAUCACCCUUAAUUAAAACAAGCCUUUGUUAGUGAACAAAGACAUUUUAGUUUCUAAUCUUAUACCUGAGAUGCCACAUGUGUCCGCAUUGGCAGACUAGUGAACUAUUGGAUAUUAGCUCUCUACCUCCUUAUAAGUUCAAGAAAGGGACUCGUGUUUAUGUGCACUUAUUUUAUUUUUUUCUCUCCCCAAUUUGACGUGCUGUGAUCUCCCAGUGUCAUUGUAUCUUUCCAAAUAUAGUACAAGCAUGUCUUUAAUUAUCCAGAAAUGACUAAAACUCCUCUCUUGAAAUCCUCUGCUUCAUUUUUGUGCACAGACGUGCCACGUGUAUUAUAGUUUUUCGUUAACUCAUUACUUUAAUGGUAACUGACCUGACAGCACAAUACACAGUAGGAUAGAAGAGCAAAUAAUCAACACUAUUGACUUGUUACUGAUUUUUUUUCUCAGUUAAUGCUAAAAUGGUCGGUGUAGUACGUGAGUGUGGUUUUUAUCUAGUGAGUGCGUGUGAGAUGAUCGUGCGAUUGGUUGACCCUCUGCCUCCUCUUGCAUGAAGUCACUGAAUGGUCUGUACAUUCUCCAUCAUGAUGAACAGUAGAAUAGGAUUAGCAUCUGCCACAGGCCAGUAAUUGAACCUGCAAGAGGAUGCAAAGCUUCUUUGUGUCUGUGAUACUAGCAUAUCAGAACUCAAUGAUUUAUUUUGCACAAAACGGAUGUUUUCCUGGAAAAAAUUGACAGGGAGCAGUGCAUUUCUGAAAUGUCAUUACUUCUGGCCUUUACAGUCCUUUAACGUAUAGUGAUUAGAAUAAUGUUCGAGCAGCCGAGUUAAGCACCUGACUGUUACUCUUUCAAGCUUCCAUGUUUAUGUGCAACAUCACAAAUGCAUUUUUUAUAUACACGUCUACAGUAGCGCCCAGAUUGGUAUGUGCAGUAUACUUCCUCGCAGGGUCUGUGUAAUCAAUUUGAUGAGAAAACCAUGCACUGGAAAAUCAAGUUGCAGGUUGCAUCUAUACUAAUUAGGUUUAUGUGAUGUCACUUUAAUUGGAAAUACAUACUGCACAAAUCUGAUGAAAUUAUUUGGACCUGGCUUAUGUUUCAGCGUUGCCUCAGAUAGCCGGUCUCAGCAGCUACAGAUGACCCCAGUGAAGUACUGAUCAAAACACCGGAUUAUUUACACAAAUAUACAUAUGACUGUGAUAGCAACUGUAAUUUUAGCUCUGAUUGUAUGCAAACCACUGAGCAGUGGUGUCAAGUGAACAGACUAAAGUGUUGGUCUGUUCUUCAAAGCUUUACUGCUCUGCUCCCUGUGCAAUUGAGUUGAAAAGCUGAGCAGCAGAGAAAAAGAAAAAAAAAGUUUUACAUCUUACAUCUAAUUUUACAUUUAAUUGUAAGCUUGCACAAUUAUGACAUGCGGGGAAAGCCGGUUUGUCUUUACUGUGAUUAAUGCAUUAUGUAAUUCUUUAAAAACAAUAAAAGAAGCAGAAGUUUUUU